AUGAAAAACGACGUCGUGCGAUGGAGCAGGCAGCCAACAGCAACAACAAUACCAACAACAGCAGCAACAGCAACUAGCAACAGAAAUAUAUGCAAGAGCAGCAACAACAAGCAACAUAAAAGUCAACGAAAUUUGUGGCAACAUGUUGCCAAAACAAAUUGUCAACAGCAACAUAAUGAGAUGUCAACAUAUGAGCAACAGCAACAACAACAAACAAUCAUUAAAUGUGAUAUAAGAAAAAAUUUCAAUUUCAAUUGCAAUUUAUUUAAAACUAGUUUUUUAACGCAAAGCAGCAGCCACAGCAGCAGCGGCAAUCGCAGCCGCAGCCGCAGCAGCAACAGCAGACAUUUAAAAAUAACGCCAGCAACAACAACAACAACAACAAUAACAACGCGAACGCGAACACCAACGGCUGCAGUGUUGCUGCUAAUCUUGCAAUUUAGUGCCGUAGUUUUUUUAUGUAAUUUUAAUGUCGGUUUCGUGGCCGGAAGUGUGUCAUCACCAGCAGCAUCAUCAUUCAAACUGGAGGUCGGCCAAUCGCAGUCGUCGUCGUCGUCAUCGUCAUCAUCAUCUUCCUCCCCGGUAUUGCCACCCUAUGUGCUUGAUUAUGAGACGGGCAGUGGCAACGCCAAGCUGACUCCCAGCAAUACGCGUAAUGGCAACACAGCGGGCCACUAUACACACACCUGGGCCGUUCAUAUACCAAAUGGUGAUAAUGGCAUAGCCGAUGCAGUGGCCAAAGAUCAUGGUUUCGUCAAUUUGGGCAAGAUCUUCGAUGAUCAUUAUCACUUUGCCCAUCACAAGGUAUCGAAGCGUUCCCUCUCACCUGCCACACAUCAUCAGACGCGUCUGGAUUUCGAUGAGCGCGUCCAUUGGGCCCAGCAGCAGAAAGCCAAAUCCCGGAGCAAGCGAGAUUUCAUCCGAAUGCGACCAUCGCGCACCUCAUCGCGGACCUUGGUGGAUGUGAUGGGGUUUGAUGAUGCCAAAUGGCCGCAAAUGUGGUACUUGAAUCGUGGUCCUGGACUUGAUAUGAAUGUGAUACGUGCCUGGAAGCAAGGCAUUACGGGCAAAGGUGUCGUUGUCACCAUUCUCGACGAUGGACUGGAAUCCGAUCAUCCCGAUAUAGAACAGAAUUAUGAUCCGAAAGCUUCGUAUGAUGUGAAUAGCCAUGAUGAUGAUCCUAUGCCGCACUACGAUAUGACUGACUCGAAUCGACAUGGCACACGUUGCGCCGGAGAAGUGGCCGCCACAGCCAACAAUUCGUUCUGUGCGGUGGGCAUUGCCUAUGAAGCCAGUGUGGGCGGUGUGCGGAUGCUGGACGGUGAUGUCACCGAUGCUGUGGAGGCGCGUUCGCUCUCGCUCAAUCCGCAGCACAUCGACAUCUACAGUGCCUCGUGGGGACCCGAUGACGAUGGCAAGACAGUGGAUGGUCCUGGGGAAUUGGCCUCGCGAGCCUUCAUCGAAGGCACGACAAAGGGACGUGGCGGCAAGGGAAGCAUCUUCAUUUGGGCCUCUGGCAAUGGCGGCCGGGAGCAGGAUAAUUGCAAUUGUGAUGGGUAUACAAAUUCGAUUUGGACUCUAUCGAUAUCCAGUGCCACCGAGGAGGGUCAUGUGCCAUGGUAUUCGGAGAAAUGCAGCUCCACGCUAGCCACCACCUACAGCAGCGGCGGGCAGAGCGAGAAGCAGGUGGUCACCACAGACUUGCAUCAUUCGUGCACCGUCUCGCACACGGGCACCUCGGCCUCGGCACCGCUCGCCGCCGGCAUUGCAGCUUUGGUGCUGCAAUCGAACCAGAAUCUCACCUGGCGCGAUCUGCAGCACAUUGUGGUGCGUACAGCACAUCCGGGGAAUCUUAAGGAUUCCAACUGGGCGCGCAAUGGUGUGGGCCGACGUGUGAGUCACUCAUUUGGCUAUGGUCUCAUGGAUGCCGCCGAAAUGGUGCAGGUGGCAAGGACUUGGAAAACGGUGCCAGAGCAACAGCGUUGCGAGAUCAAUGCUCCUCAUGUGGAUAAGGUCAUUCCGCCACGCACACAUAUCACACUUCAGCUAUCGGUUAAUCAUUGUCGCUCAGUCAAUUAUCUGGAGCAUGUCCAGGCCAAGAUAACGCUGACAUCUCAGAGACGCGGCGAUAUCCAAUUGUAUUUAAAGUCUCCAGCCAACACUAAGGUCACACUGCUCACACCACGAAUUCAUGACAAUUCCCGUUCGGGCUUCAAUCAAUGGCCCUUCAUGUCCGUUCAUACUUGGGGAGAGUCACCACAUGGCAACUGGCAAUUGGAAAUCCACAACGAAGGACGCUAUAUGGGCCAUGCCCUGCUACGGGAAUGGUCAUUGAUAUUCUACGGCACCACGCAAGCCAUCGAUCCCAAUGAUCCGAUCUCAGUGCCGCGCACCACUAGCGCCGAAGCCACCACACCAAACACAAGCAGUAGCAGCACCACCAGCAAUCUUCAUCAGAUUUACUCGCCACAGUAUCCACGCAUUCCACCCAACAACUUGGCCGGUGGAGCCAAGUUGCCACUGGGCAAAUUGCCACCCAAUAAGUCCAGCUUUGUGACCAACAAUCCGCUGCUGAAUCCGAUGCCAGCUCCUCCCAAGCAGGGAUAUCAGCAAAUCUCGGCAACUUAUGGCGUCAUACUGGGCAAGCCAAAUAACAGCAAGGGGAAUAACAAAUCGAAUGGCAAGGCGAAUAAGGCGAACAACAACAACAAGCCAGAAGGUGGCAAUCAAAAGGGACAAGGUGGCAACAAAGGGAAUAAGCAAAAAGAGCAGACCAGCACCAGCACCACGUCCGCCUCCACAGUGGUAUCCAGCACCACAAGCAAAAACAAAUACUACCGCAUAUCCCAACAGCAGCAGCAGCAACAGUCUGGAAAAGCCAAUAAGCAGGACAAGAAUGGUCUGCAAACUGCCAGGCCCAAGGCCAAUUCGGGGGAAAAAUCAUACGACGAGAAGCCACGCAAAGUAACUGGUGAAAUCUCCGCCAGCGGUGGCAAUCGAAGUGGCAACAAUUCACGUCCGGCCCUGAAGGCGGCCAAACAGGUGAAGGAUGGCAACACCGAUUCCCGCAUACCCAAACUCUUCGAGCGUUAUGAGAAGAUACAGGCCAUCUUUCCCGAACUGGAACCCUAUGAGGGUUCGAGCAGCAGUUCGCCAUCCAAGCCCAAGAUGAGCAAUCCGCCUCGCAAACAGGGCAAACAAUUUGAGGUGGAAUUGUUUAAGCCCACCACAGGGGGGAAUAGUAAACCGGGCAACACUAAGAAAUCGCCAUCAGCACCACCGCCGCCCUCGCAGGCCCAGACACAGACUGUGACACAAUCCUUGCCAGCUUUGCCAGCGGGCGGAAGCAGUUUUAUGCCCGAUCAGAAAAUCCUUAAGAAACAGCAACUUCUGAUGGCAGCCGCUGGUGUCAUGACCCCCGUUGAGGUGGUGGAGGAGGAGAUCGAAAACGAAGAGGACGAUGAGGAGGAUGUCGAUGCCAUAUUAGCCCCGCAAUCGCCACCUGAACUAAUACAGGGAGGCAAUAGAAAUGGCGGCAAUGGACCAAAUGCACAAAUAACUCAAUGGGAUAUGAUAUUCUAUGGCACAGAAACGCCAGCUCAACCGGAUGAUCCCCCCAAUGUCGAUAAACCGAAUCAAUUCCCAUAUGGCAAUGAUAUGGCCCACAAUGACAUUGAAUACGAUGCGAGUGGUCAAUGGCGAAAUAUGCAGCAGGUCGGCGAAGUGGGCAUGACACGAGAUCGUAGCAAUACCGCUGCGUGCCUUAAAUGGAGCGAUCAUAAGUGCUUAGAGUGUAAGAAACCUGCAUAUUUCUAUGAAGGACUCUGCUAUGACCAGUGUCCCCAGCACAGUUAUCCCUAUGAAGGCGAAGAGACUGUGGAGGAAACAGAUGAAACCGAUGUGGACGACAAUAGCAGCACAACAAGCCCAGUUUCCCCAUCUUCCAAUACAUCAUUGGCCUCAGAUCACCCGAUUACAGUUGCUUCCGUUUCGAAUAGCAUAAACGACAAGGAGGAUCCUCUGCAGGCGGAGGAUCGACGACGACGUCGAAGCGAUGGCCCUGUGCUAACGCCUUUGGUCCUGGCACAAAGUCACAUAUGUGUUGCGUGUCACAAGAGUUGCCUGGAUUGUUAUGGUCCGCUGGCCACUCAAUGCAGUACCUGUUACCCAGGCAGCCAACUGCGGAAGGAGACCACAAAUGAGACAGUGUGCUAUGCCUAUGUUAUCCGUAGUACCGGCCUGGGCACUGUGGUCGACGUAUCCAAUUUAGAUGGAGAAGCAUCCAAUUCCAAUCUCAUGCACUACAUGAAUUGGACCACAACGCUGCUGGUUGUUGCUGUUGUGAUUGGCUUAGUCGGCGUUGUCUUGGCCGGGGGCAUCGCAUACAAUAGACAUGCGGCGAAGGCAUCAAAUUCCAGUGAUCAACUUUAUACCCGUGUGGCUCUCAUGGCCGAUGAGAGUGAUGAUGACAACGAUGGCGAUGAGGAAAUCUUUAAAACACACAUUUUAGGUCCAUCCAAUGCCCAACUGGACUAUCGAGAUGAAGUGAAAUUGCCAAUAAAGUUGCUGCCAGAGCAAGAAGUUGUUGAAAAUGCAGAAGCAGCAGCAGAAGAUGAAGGAGACGAGUUCACCCAUCUGGUAUCUAAUCAAAAAGAAACCUAGUUAAUCAAAAUAUAUAGUCAUAGUCAUUUUUAAAACACUGAAGAAAUGAAAUCAAAAUCAAAAACUCCAUUAGAUAAAUUUUCAACAAAGUGAUUAGUUCUCUACAUUUAAGUCAUUGUUGGAUUCAAAAUUUCCUGUCUAUACUUAUAAAUUAUCCAUUAAUUAAUAUAUUUAUUAACAGCAUUUAAGCGAUUCAAUUUCUAAACUUGUUUAAAAAAGUAUUAAUGAAGUAAGCAAUCGAUAUUGCAAAAUGUCAUUUAGGAUUGUUGAUAUUUAACACGAUAAAUAUUAUUUAUUAUCGUAAAUCGAGACUUCUACUAACAAAAACUAUCAAACGCAGCUUUCGCGUGGUAGACUUUUGAAAUAUAGACUUCUUUAUAUAUACUUAUAUACGUAUAAACAUAUUUUGAUAACCGUAAAUAAAUUAAGAGCAAACUUGUAA